UUAAUCUUUAAAAUUAAAUCUUCUGUAAGGCUUUACUAAGAUCUCCGUUGAUUUUCUGGAUUUUUCCCAUCAAACUACAAUGUUAAAAUGAAACCGUUCUUGCCCAGUGUGAAAAUCUAGUGAAGAUUUUUAAAAACAGAUUUCCCACCUACUUUCUUUAAAAGUUCUUUUUGUUCAGUGGCUUUAUUUAUUGUUGUAGAUUCUUAAGUGUUUAUCUCUAAGAUAAACAGUUAACUCCCAUGCCAGAAAAUUAUGCCUCCUUAUUGAUUUACAGUCCCCUUUGGCCACAUUCCAUGCUCAAUCUGCUGGUAAUCAGUAGAAUAUUCUAACUUUCUCAUAUACCCCCGAGGAUUAAACGAAGUCGCUCUUUUUCUUUCCGCCCCCUCCUCCUCUCUCCCUGGUUUGUGGGUAGGAAACUUUUUAAGGCAUGGUAUCAACAGGAGAAAGAGGGAAGUAACAUGUAGCAGCAUGAUGAGUGAACAGUGUAUACUUUCUUUAAGAGGGUACAGUCCUAACUGUAGACGUCUGAGGAGUAUGUUGUAUUUUGCCUUACAUUGUCCUUGUGUUUGUUUACUUAAGUAUUUGAAUGGCCUGGCAUUUUCUUGGAGUGUUUUGUUUUGUUUUGUUUUGCCAAAUAGUAUAUCCUGGGUCACAUGUUGUAGGUUGGCUGCCUCAAUACCGUAUAUCUUCCUGGGGGACCCGUUGGUGUGCGUUCAAAUGGGUUGUCUCCUGGUCUUGUCUUAAUCUACUUUGCUGGGGUGGGUCAUUGGGCUAUUUUAUUGGCAUAUCAAGGAAUUGGUUGUUUGGGUCUUUAAAAAUUUGCUUAUGGUUCCUUGCGGUAAAGUAUGAGGUGUAUCUAUAUGUAUGUUUUUAAUUUCUCUGAAGCAAACGGCCAGUCUUGGUUCUUCAGAAUGAAGCACUUUAUCCACAGCGGCGCUCCUAUACCAGUGAGGAUGAAGCCUGGAAAUCUUUCCUGGAAAACCCUCUCACUGCGGCAACCAAAGCGAUGAUGAGCAUCAAUGGCGACGAAGACAGCGCCGCUGCGCUGGGCUUGCUGUACGACUAUUACAAGGUUCCAAGAGAGAGGAGGUCAUCAACAGCAAAGCCAGAUGGUGAGCACCCAGAGCCAGAUCACAGCAAAAGAAACAGCAUACCAAAUGUGACUGAGCAGUCCCUCAUUUCUGCUGGAGAAAACAGAGUACAAGUACUGAAAAAUGUGCCAUUUAACAUUGUCCUUCCCCAUGGCAACCAGCUGGGCAUUGAUAAGAGAGGCCAUCUAACAACUCCUGAUACAACAGUCACUGUCUCCAUAGCAACAAUGCCUACCCACUCCAUCAAGACAGAAACCCAGCCCCAUGGCUUUGCUGUGGGAAUCUCUCCAGCAGUAUAUCAUCCUGAGCCCACGGAGCGGGUAGUGGUUUUCGACCGGAAUCUUAGUGCUGACCAGUUCAGCGCUGGUGCUCAACCCCCAAAUGCUCAAAGGCGAACUCCAGACUCUACCUUCUCAGAGACCUUCAAGGAAGGCGUUCAGGAGGUUUUCUUCCCCUCGGAUCUCAGUCUACGGAUGCCUGGCAUGAAUUCAGAGGACUAUGUUUUUGACAGUGUUUCUGGGAACAACUUUGAAUAUACCCUCGAAGCCUCAAAGUCUCUUCGACAGAAGCCAGGAGAUAGCACCAUGACAUACCUGAACAAAGGCCAGUUCUACCCUGUCACCUUGAAGGAGGUGAACGGCAGCGAGGGGAUCCACCGGCCCAUCAGCAAAGUCCGAAGUGUGAUCAUGGUGGUUUUUGCAGAAGACAAAAGCAGAGAAGAUCAAUUAAGGCAUUGGAAAUACUGGCACUCCCGGCAGCACACAGCUAAACAAAGAUGCAUUGACAUAGCUGACUAUAAAGAAAGCUUCAAUACCAUCAGUAACAUUGAGGAGAUCGCGUAUAAUGCCAUUUCCUUCACUUGGGACAUUAAUGACGAAGCAAAGGUUUUCAUCUCUGUGAACUGUUUAAGCACAGAUUUCUCUUCUCAGAAAGGUGUGAAGGGGUUGCCUCUUAAUAUUCAGAUUGACACCUAUAGUUAUAACAACCGUAGCAACAAGCCUGUGCAUCGUGCAUACUGCCAAAUAAAGGUCUUCUGUGACAAGGGAGCUGAAAGGAAAAUCAGGGAUGAAGAACGAAAACAAAGCAAAAGAAAAGGCAAGUGUACUGACCCCAGCUCCCAGUUGAAUGCCUUUUCUGAUGUUAAAGUGCCACUGCUUCCCUCUCACAAACGAAUGGAUAUCACGGUUUUCAAGCCCUUUAUUGAUCUUGAUACUCAGCCUGUCCUCUUCAUUCCUGAUGUGCACUUUGCCAACCUGCAGCGGGGCGCUCACGUCCUUCCUAUUGCCCCAGAAGAAUUGGAGGGUGAAGGGUCUAACUUGAAAAGGGGUCCGUAUGGAUCGGAGGAGGAUUUUGCCAUGGCACCUCCCGCUAAGCUGACGCGGACGGAGGAACCAAAGAGAGUGCUGCUCUACGUACGAAAGGAGUCAGAGGAAGUCUUUGAUGCCCUGAUGCUCAGGACUCCGUCUUUGAAAGGCUUGAUGGAGGCGAUCUCAGACAAAUAUGAUGUGCCCCAUGAUAAGAUUGGGAAAAUAUUCAAGAAAUGUAAAAAAGGGAUUCUGGUGAACAUGGACGACAACAUCGUGAAGCAUUACUCCAAUGAAGACACCUUCCAGCUGCAGAUUGAGGAAGCGGGGGGGUCGUACAGACUCACCCUCACUGAGAUCUAAGGGCACGCCGGCCCACCAUUCCCGGCGAGCUCAAGGAAGGUUGCGUGGGUCUUACUGUUUGGCCAACUGCAGGGCAGGUACGUCGCAGGUACGGGUGGAUGUCAACGGAAGGGACUCCUUUCGAGUUGGAGAUGGUGCUGCAUUUGGCUUGUAGAUAGCGUUCGACAUACGGCAUUGGCGUUUUCAGACGACAGAAAUCCAGACACCAUUAUGUUUGAAUUUUCUGUUAUCAGUACUUAGGAUUAAAAGUGAAAACUUUGUUCUAAGAUUUUGUAGACUCUCUGGGAACCUUUGGAAUAUCUGCUACAUUAUUUAUAAAAAUAUUGGGCUAUCUACCUUGUCUCUUCAAUGUCAGUGGGCCUGCUCACUAGUGCAAGUCAGAAAAGGCAGUGGGCUUGGGUUUAAGGAUUUCGUGCCCUCGCCCGAACUCAGUAACUGACUGCCUCAGGGUAGUGGGAGUGGCAUCCGAAGAGGAGAGGAUGCGUCCUUUCUCCCUCAGCCCCUCAUCCUCCAGAAAAUGUUUACUGAAACAGGGCAUGUUACUGAAUCUUCCUUUGCAACUUUCUUGAACAUAUCAACUGCCUUUCUUAUGAAGAACUGAAAUGGGUUACAGUAGGAAUCAGUUAAGCUAACGCUGUGUUGUAUAUAAGUGCAAUACGUUUUUGAAGGCCUGUCUGUAAAUGUGUAUAUACGUGUCUUAUACAAAUAGAUAAUAUAUAAAUGUGGUGUCUGUACAUAGAGUGAGGAGAUGCAAUAAGGUCUGCCUUGAAGACUUUCCCUAAAUGAAAGGUUAAGUUAUUCUUGGUAAUGUAUGCCAAGCAGAUCGAGUACUGUGCUUAGUGGAACUCACUGAAGUGUGUUGUCUGUGUUUUCUGCAACGGCAGUCAUCCCAGAGCAUAGCAAAACCUUCUCAAAUGGCAGAGAUUCUCUUUGCUCUUAAGAGUGGUGUUAUUCAGAUUUCUGCACUGUGUUAACAAAUGAAGUAUAGGGAAAACACUACUGCGGUUCCUAUCUGUUGUGUAGGCUAGAAUCAAUCGUACGUACCUGAGAGAGUGAACACACGGUCCUUCCAACACGUGUGUAUUGUUGUGUACUUGGUGACACGACCCAAAAUGGAGUCCUUCCUCAUCUUCCUUACAAGAAGUGAUUUCUAUUUUCUUGUGUUUCAGAGCCUUCAAGCUUUGACUGUCUUGUAUGCUGACAAUUCUAGAAAGCAUUCAUGAGUUUAUGAGGCUGUAUUACGAUGGCAAGGGAACAUUUUGUACACGUUUAAAUAUACAAAAGUACUAAAAAGUGUAAUUUUAUAACAGAGAUAAAAUCACGGGUAUCUAGGUUCAGGGAGCUAGAAUAGGUCAUUUGUAUAAGUAGGAUUGCCGGUUACAUUUUUACAUAAAAAUAUUCUAAUGAAGUAUGUGAACUAAAUUGCUGGUUUUCUAAGAUAAGACAUCAUGGGACACGGGUCAUAACUAUUUUAUAUUUUGUUUUAUGAAAUAAAUUUUUGUCUUGUUUAUUGUUUUUAA